AUGGGGGGAAGGAGAGUAGAAUACAGGAUGAAGAGAAGUAGGUUACGUAAAAUGGGAGAAGGGGCAUGGGGCAGCAUCCAGAAAAGUGCAUUAAGAACGACCAGUACAGUGGGUACAGACAGCAACAGCACAGCUAAUGAGAGAUGGGAUUUGGUUAGUGCAGUUUGUGUAGAAAGAAGACCUGUGAUUGGUCGUGAGAAGACUGAGUUAGAACAACAAGUAGAACAGAUUUUCAGGGAUAUUGAAUUUGAGAGAAGUUUGGUGUGCGACUAUGAGAAAAGGCAAAAAUCAGAGGAGAAAUAUCUUGCUGCUCAAGAAAUGAAGAAGCAGGAGAGGAUAAAGAAGGGGUUACAGGAGGUUGAUGAAGAAGAGGAAGCUGUACAUAGAAGGAUACUAUCUUCAGACUUAGAAAAGGCUUGGGCCAAAGAACUGGCAUUUUUCACUCCAGCUGGUAGAUUGACAGAUGCAGAUGCAAGGAAUGACCUUCAGUCACUCGAGAGAAAAUUGGAUAGGUCUUUGUUCCUGAUACUCCAACAUAAGAUUGAUAAUACUACAAAAUGGCUGUUUCCAUACAGUGCCGUAAAAAGGAAUGAAGACAUGAAACAGGCAGCAGGAAGAGCUCUUGGUGCGUCUUGUGGACCAAACCUGCAAGCUGUCAUCAUUGGCAAUGCUCCCUGUGGUUUCUUCAAGUUUAAAUACCCAAAAGAGUUGAGAAGUGACAUCGUAGGAGCCAAGGUAUUUUUCUUUCAUGCUUUUUUCUCUGGAGGACAGUUUUCACAAGAAAAUCCAGAUGUUACAGAUUACAGAUGGGUUACAAAAGACGAACUUAAAGACUUCUUGCAGCCAAGAUAUUGUAAUAGGGUGUCCAGAUUUUUAAUGGACAUUUAGAAAUUUAGAAGCAAUUAUUCCAAGUCAGUGCUAUUAGCUCUGUCCUAGUGAAACGGUGAUUGCAGAACAAUUUGUAGUAAGAAUAAGCCGGAUUUCCUCAGAUGGAGGACUUUCCCUGGCAUUUGUAUAUAGAAAAGUUGAGGCUCUACUUGUACCAACAGCGCGGCACACUGUAGUCCAUUAGCUAAACUAAGAACUCCACGAUGGUACAUUUAGGGACUGGUGGGGUGGGGAUGGGAGGACACGCUAUUCCCCAUAUCUGUGCUAAACAUAUACAGUGAAAUUGUUAUGGAAAAGCAAAGAAAAUAUUGUGACCUGUUAUGACCAUCAGGAAUGUCACACACACCCAAGUGAAGUAAAGCGCUAUUUCCUACCAUGUGAACAUUAAAAAUAACAAUAAAACUAAAAUGAACAAUUGGAAUAAAAUUCUAACGAAUUUUAUUGCUAUUUUACUGAUGCAAUUAUGAACAUAUACAAUGAAACAGAUCAGCCUUUAUCCUAAAAGAGCAACAAAGUGCCUCACUGUAACCCAGUAUGGAAGAUUUCCAUCACCACAAUUCUCCGGCUAA